GCUGGCGGGAGAACCAGCAGCAACAGAGCACCCUGACUUUCUGUUGCCUUCGACUGCGAACCGUCAACAUCUGGCCUCAUCCUCUGUCGUUGCACAAUAUUACUUGACUGUAAUCUUUGCCAAAUUUCUGAAUUGCUUCGUCUCUCCUUGACUUUUGUCUGUUAUUGCCCGCGGUGCGCAUUCCGCUGCGCUUAGCCUUAUCGCGCCUUUCUACUCCCUCCACAUCUCACUCUCCAAUUCCAACCAACAAAACAGAAAUCAACAACCAUGCGCUUCUCUACCGCGACUCUUCUGGCGCUCCCGCUGCUUGCGGCUGCCACUCAAGAAGCUUCUCCUCUGGACCAAGCCAAAGCCCAGGCGGAAUACUGGCUUGGGAAGAUCGCCUCAUACAUUCCAAACCCAAACAAGCCUCACAGUCCCCAAGAGCCCGCAGCCAAGGCCGGUGGCAGGACUCUCAAAAUUUUGACCCUUAAUGACUGGGAGCAAACAAUUCGAUCAAGCGUUAAGUCUGCAAGCACAAAGCCUGAGGAGUGGUGGAUUCUAGUUACUGGAGGCAACAAGACCUGUUUCGGCCAGUGUGGACAAAUCGAAAAGGCAUUCAAUGAGACUGCUCUCUUGUGGUCCCACAAUCCUGCCGCUCCGCAUCUGGGAUACCUCAACUGCGAAGCCCAGCCAGUACUCUGUAACGCCUGGAGCACCGGAGCACCAACUCUUCAGAUCUUUGAGGUUCUCCCUCCUCCUGCCAAAGUCGAUGUUCGCAGCAAAGGUUUAAACACUACUACGACCACUGUCAAGACAUUCACAGAUCUCCACGCUUCGAAAGCAUGGAAGGAGCAGACUCCUUAUGAGGGCUUGUUCCACCCAUUCGAUGGCUUCUUUGCUAAGAAUGGUCUUGCCGUUCCCCUUGGAUAUUUCUUCUGGGCUUUUGCCAUCAUUCCUAGCUGGAUGUUUAUGAUUGGUAUUUCGUUCCUUAGCAGAAGCAUCAUGAGCAAUAGAGCCAUGGGCACUCAACCAGCGAGACCAGCAGCUGGUGCAGCACCAGCUGGAGGAGCAGCACCCGCUCGCGUAAGAGGCGCCCCGCCGGGUGAUGGCGUAUCCUAUUUAUACUAACUCUCCAUAGUAAAUCGAGGAUGAGAUAGAGAAGGCUGUGCAGGAAGGAACUUUCACAAAAUGGUUAGGGCAAUAGGGUGGAUUACGGGACUCUUCAUGGCAUGGUUUCAUGGCAGGCUGUGUGUGGGCUCAGAAAAUUAUAUAGUGAUCAAUCAUAAUUCCAUUGGGUAUCAAAACGCCUAAAACCCCCACCCAUGACCCUUCCCAUGCGUCAUUUCUUCUCACAAGACUUCUCUAGUCUUUCUAAACCCUCCAGGACUUGUCCUCGAAGCUGUCCAUUUGCUAAUCGCCCAUACCGAAGAUCGCUAAGUCCUCCAACCGUGUUCCGCAUCUCUUCCAGCAAGGUGCCCGCUUCUUCAUCCAGCCUCCUGAUCUCGUCCUCCACAUCCUCAACUGCGCUCUCCAAUUCAGGUAAUAUUGAGGUCAGCGUAUGUGGGUUUGAAAUCGGU